CACAGAGCAGCCAUUCAUCGGCUCUACAGUCAGCCACACACACUCCCAUGUCGAACCACUGGACAGCUACACUGGUGUAACUGCUUUUGCUGAAUCGGAGAUCCAGCCAACGGUGGACUGUAUUUGGACGCUUUUACGCAGCAGUAUGGCUUUGCCUGGGAAGAGUCAGCAAUAACUGAGAUCGCCGGGGACUCCAGACAUCUUAUUCAAUCAAAUCGAUUAAAUUACACUGAAGAGUUCUCUGAACAUAGUUUGAAUUCAAGGGUUGUCUUGAGAUCAGCUUAAACAUGUCCGGUGAAGAGCACAGCCUGUCUGAGGCGGAGCUGAGUCCCGGAGGGUCAGACGAUGGUCACUCACUGUCACCGAUUCAUCCCGGAGGGCCCCCGGGCCAGGGCUCACCUCUGACCGGGCCGCCGCCGCAGCUGAGCGCACUCUGUGUUGGGGACGUCAGCGGAGAGGACGCAGGCAUACCCGGAGUCAAAUCAGAAGAAGAAGAUCCCGAUCGCUUUCCGAUCGGCAUCAGAGAGGCGGUCAGUCAGGUACUGGAUGGAUAUGACUGGACACUUGUGCCUAUGCCGGUGCGCGUGAACAACGGAAACAAAGCGAAGCCCCACGUGAAGAGGCCUAUGAACGCGUUUAUGGUGUGGGCGCAAGCGGCGAGGAGAAAACUGGCCGACCAGUACCCCCACCUGCACAACGCGGAGCUCAGCAAGACCCUGGGCAAACUGUGGAGGCUGCUGAACGAGACUGACAAGAGGCCAUUCAUCGAGGAGGCGGAGAGGCUGAGGAAACAGCACAAGAAGGACUACCCAGAGUACAAGUACCAGCCCCGGAGACGCAAGAACGGCAAACUAACGACCGCUAAUGAGUCCGACAGCCAGGGGGAAGGGGAGGCCAGCCACUCCCAGUCCCACUACAAGACCCUGCACCUGGAGCAUAACGGUGGGGCUGGGUCUCCCCUGGGUGACCUGCACCACCACCAUCAUCAUCACCACCAUCCUGCAGGUCAGGGUCACAGCCCACCCACGCCCCCUACCACCCCAAAGACAGAGCUCCAGUCUGGGAAACUGUCUGAUGCCAAGAGGGAGGGAGCAGCAGGGGCGGCCGGAGUAUCAGGGGGGUCCAGGGGAGCCCUGGGAGUGGGAGCUGAAGGAGCCUCAGGCGGUCCUUCUUCAUCAAGCACUAAACCCCACAUCGACUUUGGCACCAUGGACAUUGGUGAGAUCAGCCACGAGGUGAUGUCCAACAUUGAGCCAUUUGAUGUGAAUGAGUUCGACCAGUACCUGCCUCCAAACGGGCACCCACAGGGUGCCACUGGGGCCUCUGCAGCAGGGUCCUCGGCCUCUUCUUACGCCUAUGCCCUGGCUGCUGCGAGCGGCCACUCCGCCUGGCUUUCCAAACAGCAGCAGCCUCAGGGCUCCCCGUCUUCUUCUGACCCCUCCAAGGCCCAGAUCAAGAGUGAGUCUGCAUCAGCGAGCCAUUAUGCCGAGGCCUCGUCUUCCCCUUCCUCGGGCACCCAUGUCACCUAUACCCCCCUCAGCCUCCCUCAUUACGGCUCCGCUUUUCCCUCGCUGGCCUCCAGGGCUCAGUUCGAGUAUGGAGAGCACCAGGCCCCAGGGGCGUACUAUGCCCACUCCAGCCAGGCCCCUGGGCUGUACUCAGCCUUCUCUUACAUGGGCCCUACACAAAGGUCUCUGUACACCACCAUAGGAGACCCCUCCAGCGUGGCCCCCUCUCACAGUCCCACACACUGGGAGCAGCCUGUUUACACUACACUCACAAGACCCUGAGGGAGAGCAGCCGAGCAGAGGGAAAUAUGGGAAGUGUGUGAGUGGAUCUGUGCGUAUGUGAGCAAAUAAGUGAGUGUGGAUGUCUAUCUGUGUGUGUUUGUUAUAUUGUGUGUAUGUGUGUGUGAGUGUGUGCUGUGCCAUAUUGAUGUUAUAUUAGAGGUUUUUACUUUUUUAGCCAAUAUAAUGCAAGACGCAUCCACAAGGCCUUACAAAGUUUGAAAGAAACAGCCACAUAUAAAGUGUGAAACAGCCAAUCAGAAAUUAAAUAAAUCUUAACAAAUGUGUGCCAUCAUGAAUUUGUAAGCCAGGUUGUACAGAAAGUGUGUAUACCAGAUUGUAGAUGAGUGAACAAAUAUUGCAUUGAUGAUGAUGACCCUGAUUUGACCCUGCGAUGAUGGGCUUCGACUGACAUAAUCAGAUUUUAUUAACCAAACUAAAGCAGAUGUUUGUGAUGUUAUUGUGUUAUUUUAUAUGAGUAGUAAGUUUAUUGUCAUUGUUGAUAUCCUAGGGUGUAACUUUAUUGAUUGAUAUUACACUAAUACAUCUGCACCACUGCUUUGGGAAAAGCAUGUUUCUAUGAUCCCUGUUUUUUUGUCUUAUUGUUUUUGGUGGCCAGAAAAGGAUAAUUGCAUCAUUUUUUCUUUGUAGAUAUAGCACACUCUGUAUUUCUGUCCUUUCUUACAUUGACUUCACUGAACUGAUGAUUAAAGCAUUUAAGGGGAAAAAUAGGAAAAUGAGAGGGAAAGAGAGCUCUUAAAGAUGCAUAUUAUCCAGAGUCUUGGAUACUUACCUCAAAUCUUUUCAUUUUGUGCCAAUAGCAAAGCAGAACUACAACUUUGGAUGCCUGUUAAAUAAUGCUUGUGGUGUUGGGGCAGUUAACAUUUACUUUUUGCAUUUCAAGUGCCUAACAUUUUGCUGAUUCACAUCUGAUUUAUCCAUAACUGAGUUAAAAUCUAUAAGUACAAAGUCUCAGCCAAAUCUCUCCAGAUAAUUGGCCAGCUUUGGGUCCUACUUACGGAUUAGAAUCACAUGUACGGCCGUUCUGCGCUGCAUGUAGGCCAAAGCAUGUUACAGUUUAUUCCUUUAAUGUGCCUAAACAGCUCUCUUCUUCUUCCUCUGCAAUGUGAAUAAUGGUAAUUACCACAGGCUUCAACUUUUAUGAAGUGAUGCAUACUCAUUUUUAUUCUGACCCUCUCAUCUUAUUAUGUUUAUGUCAGUAAUAAUGCAUUGUGUGUCACACCUUUGCUUUUUUCAUUUUGUAUAAUUCUGGAUAGUUUUGUAAAGUGUUUGCUAUACAUUCACUUGAGUAUUUUGCUUCCAUACAUGAAAAGCAAUGUUGAAAUAUUAUUGUUGUCAUCUAUUAAAUCAAUUUAUUUA